CUAUGAAUGUAAACAAGAUCGUGAAACCUUUAUUUCACACACAAGUCUUCAAAGGCAGAGGAUCACACACAUGGGGAAUGCACAUUUAAAAUGUAAGGUAUGUGGGAAAGACUUUGCUUACCCCAGUUUAUUUAGAAUACAUCAGAGAACACAUACUGGAGAAAAGCCUUACGAAUGUAAGCAGUGUGGCAAAGCCUUUUCUACAUCCAGUUACCUUCAAAUACAUGGAAGAACACAUACUGGAGAGAAGACCUAUGAAUGUAAGCAGUGUGGAAAAGCCUUCACUUAUUUGUCUGGCCUUUACAAACAUGAAAAAAUUCAUACUGGAGACAAGUCCUAUGAGUGUAUGCUUUGUGGCAAAGCCUUUGCUAGUUCUAGUAACCUUCAAAGACAUAGAAGAACACAUAUUGGAGAGAAGUCCUAUAAAUGUAAGCAGUGUGGAAAAGUUUUUGCAAGUUCCAGUGAUCUUCAGAUUCAUGGAAGAACACAUACUGGAGAGAAACCCUAUGAGUGUAAGCAGUGUGGCAAAGCCUUUACUACAUCCAGUAACCUUUACUCACAUGAAAAAACUCACACUGGAGAAAAGCCCUAUGAAUGUAAGCAGUGUGGUAAAGCCUUUGCUGCAUCAACUUCCCUUCAGAUUCAUGGAAGAACGCAUACUGGAGAGAAGCCCUAUGAGUGUAAGCAGUGUGGAAAAUCCUUCACUAAUUCCUCUGGCCUUCACUCACAUAAAACGGUUCAUAGUGGAGAGAAGCCUUAUCCAUGUAAGCAGUGUGGCAAAGCCUUUGCUAGGUCCAUUAGCCUUCAGAGACAUAGAAGAAUACAUACUGGGGAGAAGCCCUAUGAAUGCAAGCAGUGUGGAAAAGCCUUCACUCAAUUCUCUGGCCUUUACUCACAUAAAACAAUUCAUACUGCAGAGAAGACUUACCCAUGCAAGCAGUGUGGCAAAGCCUUCGCUUGUUCCUCUGACCUUUACUUACAUAAAACAAUUCAUACUGGAGAGAAGCCUUAUGCAUGUAAGCAGUGUGACAAAGCCUUUGCUGCAUACAGUAGCCUUUACAGACAUAGAAGAAAACAUACUGGGGAGAAGUCCUAUGAAUGUAAGCAUUGUGGUAAUUUCUUUGCUAGUUCCAGUUACCUUGCCAAACAUGAAAAAACUCAUACUGGAGAAAAGCCCAAUGAGUGUGAGCUGUGUGGCAAAGCCUUUUCUACAUCCAGAUACCUUCAGAUUCAUAGAAGAAUGCAUACUGGGGAGAAGCCCUAUGAGUGUAAGCGGUGUUUCAAAGCCUUUGCUAGUUCCAGUGAACUUCAAAGACAUGGAAGAAUACAUAUCGGAGAGAAGCUCUAUGGUUGUAAACAAUGUGAAAAAGCCUUUGUUACAUCUGCUCAGCUUCACUUACAUGAAGGAACCCAUAGUGCAGAGAAUUCGUACUCAUGA